CUUCUCCCCGCUCAGUGCGCACUGACUCGCGGCUGCGGUCCGGAUCUGUCCCUGGCGCUGCGGUUCUGCUGCCCGGCGUGAUGCUGCUCUGGGAGGAAGGAAAAAUUAAUCUGACAUCUGUGCUUCCUCCUGCAGCUCUUUUCACCUGAGAAACCAGGCCUUUGGGAUACUUGCUUAUCAUUUCAAUGCUUGAUUUAUUCCUUAAUAAUGUGUUUGGUAUUUUGAGCUCCGUUAGCUGCGCUAGCUCGCGCUCCGUGUCGGUUUAAUGCUAACUCUGACUAGCAUGAAAUAUUAUUUUUAACGUUAUCUUUUUUUUUUUACACACAGUUUGACCAGAAAUAUCGUGUAUAAGUAGAAAUAUAAAAAUAAAUUUAUAUUCAACACAUUAUUUAAUGACUUUACCAGAUAUUAACCUGAGCGAGCUAGCUAAAGGUAAUGUUUGUUUGGAGCUAGCUUAAAAAAAAGCUUGUUUUAAAAAAAAAAAUAUUUAUAACACAAAAUUUGACACAACUUUAAUUGUCGGUACUGUAAAACAGAAUUUAUGUGUUAUUUAGUGUUUAAUGGAUGACAGAACGCAGUAUUGGUAUUGACAGCAGGAUUUCCAGGAGCAUGAAGGCUGCUGCUGAUGGAGUUUGGAUUAAUCCUGAGGAAGGAAGAAGGAUUUAUUUGUGAGCUUGUCAACAGUAUUUAAUGCAGCAGAACGUUUUCCAGACACUCAUCCGGCUGUAAAGGUGAACAGGGUUCGAUUUGGGUUGCGUUGGAUUGAACAAGAACAACAAAAUGGCUCAGGAGCUGUUCCCAUUGCACUAUCUGGUCUGGAACAAUCGGUACCUGGAGUUGGAUAGAGAGCUGAAGAAUAAAGAGGUGCAGGACAUGGAGAGUGUUGAUCCACGAGGACGUACGCCACUCGAACUUGCGGUGUGCCUCGGUCACGUGGAGUCCACGCGUGUGCUGCUGCGGCACAACGCUGAUCCUACACGCAGCAGUACACGAGGAUGGACAGUGUUACAGGAAGCAGUAAGCACAGGAGACCCAGAGUUGGUGCAGCUCGUCCUUCAGUACAGGGAUUACAAACGAGCUACGGAGAGACUAGCUGGUAUUCCUGAGCUUCUCAGCAAACUCAGACAGGCGCAGGAUUUUUAUGUGGAGAUGAAGUGGGAGUUUACAAGCUGGGUGCCUCUGGUGUCUAAAGUGUGUCCGAGUGACGUGUACCGGGUGUGGAAGAGUGGCUCAUGUCUGCGAGUGGACACCACGUUACUGGGGUUUGAGCACAUGACCUGGCUCAAGGGCCGGCGCAGCUACAUCUUUAAAGGUGGAGAUGACGGGGCCAUGGUGAUGGAGGUGGAUCAUGAGAAGCAGGUGGUGUACACGGAGCCGCUUUCCCUGUCUCCACGUGAUGCGCCGUCCCUCCUCGCCGCCAUGCUGCCGUCGCAAGAGAACACGGCACAGAGACUGACCUCUCCCAUCGUCUCGACACACCUGAACACACGCAACAUCGCCUUCGAGAGGAACAAGUCUGGGAUUUGGGGCUGGCGCUCGGAGAAGACGGAGGUGGUCAGUGGAUAUGAGGCGAAGGUUUAUAGCGCAACUAAUGUGGAGCUGGUGACGCGCUCUCGAACUGAACACCUCUCCGAUCAGGACAAGUCGAGAUGCAAAGGAUCCAGAACUCCUCUUCAAUCUUUCCUUGGAAUUGCAGAGCAGCACGUGCCGACCAACGGGAGUCAGGUAUCUCAGUGCGCCAGUCCUCACAACCCGACGGACAUCACAGCCGAGGAGUACUUCGACCCCGAGUUUAACCUGAACGGCAGAGACAUCGGCAGGCCCAUCGAGCUCACCAGCAAGGUGCAGAGGUUCAAGGCCACGUUGUGGUUGAGUGAGGCCCAUCCUCUUUCGCUGGCUGAGCAGGUGACGCCCAUUAUCGAUCUCAUGGCUAUUUCUAACGCUCACUUUGCUAAACUGCGUGACUUUAUCACCCUGCGUCUGCCGCCCGGCUUCCCUGUGAAGAUAGAGAUCCCACUCUUCCAUGUACUGAACGCCCGGGUGACCUUUAGUAACCUGUGUGGCUGCGACGAGCCUGUCACCUCCGUAACUCUGCACUCGCCCCAAGGAUGCAUUGAUGCAGGUCAGAGCCUUCCCAACCUGCAAUGUGAGGUGGACCCCUCAGUGUUUGAGCCCCCAGCGGAUUACACCACGCUCGGUCCAGGCCGUAGCGAGCCGCUAAGGGAUGAGGACGAUAACCUGCUGCAGUUUGCGAUUCAGCAGAGUCUGUUGGAUGCAGGGACAGAAAGUGAUCAGGUGACCAUAUGGGAGGCUCUCACUAACACUCGUCCAGUGUCUUCUCAGCCUCCGCUUUAUGAGGAGGACUCUCAGCUUGAGCGGGCAAUCCAGGAGUCGUUGUCUCUGUCAUUGGCUGGAGGAGAAAGCGGCGAAGCUCCCGCUCCAUCUCCACAAGGAUCCUCACCGGACAUCGCCCUCAACUCUCCACCUUCCUACAACUCGUUAGUCGAUCGGCGGGUUACCGGUGCAUUUUCCGUAGCAUCCAGCUUUGACGAGCAGCUGCGCCUGGCCAUGGAGCUUUCCUGCAGAGAGCAGGAGGAGCUGGACAGGAAAAGAAGAGAAGAAGAGGAGGAGCUUGAAAGGAUAUUACAGCUGUCACUUACAGAAAAGUGACCAGGCUAAGAGUAUCAAAAAAAGCUUAAUUUAUUAUUUGUGCUUUUUUUCCUGCAGUGUUAAAUUAUUAUUAAAGAUUCAUGCUUCUUUUCUAUAUGAAAUGGGACAGAGGGCUUAAUCAAAAGAUCAGAGAGAGAGAGAGAGAGAGUGAGGGAAAAAAUGAGUACCAGGUUAUGAAAGAAAGCAGAUGAAUAAAUAACAUCAAUCCAUGAGCAUGGCAAGACAAUGUCACUGAUAUCCUCUCAAUCUCUGUCAUCAUUCUGAGUGAACAUGUUCAAACUUUAUGUUUAUUAUACAGUACUGAUAAUGUGAAUAUGAAAUGAUAACUAUGGCGAUGCAUAAAGUAAUACAAAAAUAAAUAUUGCAUAAAAUGACUUACAUAUGUUGGCUAACGGACAUGUAAGAAUAAUUAUUAAAUGUAUUUGAAACGC